UGGCCUAACUGUGUUACACUAUUAGUUAAAUAGAGAUUAUUUUAUUUUACUUGGUUGUCACACACGUCACCUUGUCUUCAUAAUUAUUUAACAGUUAACCCCACCCCAAACCCCAGCCGUCAAUAUCCAUAUCCGUUUACUGACAAAUAAAAGGUUGAUUUACGAUUAAUAUGAACACGGCUACCUCACAAUGAAUCGGUAACGCAUUUUAUCAGACAUACAUUUCCCCAAGGAUAUGGUAGCUGGUGUGUGUGCUUUGUUGGAGAACUUGUCGAGUGUUCCUUAUCUGAUAAGUUAAAUUGACAUAAGAUAUAUCUAACAAUCACUAACAGUGAUACAGACCAUUGUUUUCCGUAUACGACUUUCUUCAAUUCCUCUUACGGCGGUCCUUUACUACACGAUUGAAAUGCUCCAAGCCGCCAAUGAUUCGGGACCCACAGAUGAUGUCACACCGGUCAGCGACGGGAUGACGUAUGCCUAUUUGACCCUAAUAGUUUCGUUACUCUCUUUGACUGGGGGUGUCGGUAUAAUCGUGUUGUAUAUCUUGUACAAGAACCUCCGGACCCAAGCACGGAAGUUACUGGUGUAUCUCAGCUUGAUGGACGCGAUGAUCGCAUUUGGUAACAUUCUAGGUGUGAUAUGGGUUCUACAUAGAGACGGACCCGUCAUACGGAGGAAUAUGACGUACUGUCAGAUUCAAAGCGCUCUCACAAUCUUCUCCAGCAUUGGCGCCUUCUGUUGGACGACAAUCAUGGCGCUCUGUCUGUUUAUGAGUAUCGUGCGCACCAACAUGACAUUCACCGCCAGAUAUAUGAAACUGUUUCAUCUCAUCAGCUGGGGUUUACCAAGUAUCGUGACGGUAACAGCUUGGUCCAGUGAUGUCCUCGGUUAUGACCACAACAUGACCCAGGCCAGUUGGUGCUGGAUUGACCCAUUGGUACCAAACGUUAUGGUUUGGCAAUUGUUUACAGGAAAGGUGUGGGAGUUCUCCUGUUCCGCCCUCACUACCGGACUUUCAUUGGCCGUGGUGGUUUACAUCCGGCGGAAGGCUAAUAAAAGUCCGACAUCAAAAUCAAACCGGAAGUCUAAGAGAGCUGCCAUAGAAUCGGCAAACCGGAAGUUGAUGUUUGUACCGUUGGUGUUCAUUCUCUGUCGUUUUUGGGGAACACUGCGAUUCUUCGUUGGGAAUUUUGCGCCAGAAUAUGAAAACAAACCGGAAUUUAAUUGGGUGGUCCCGAUGCAGGGAAUAGGAGACAGUGCCCAGGGCUUCGUGAAUUUCGUGGUGUACUUUUGUAUGACUGAUGUAGUUCGGCGAAGGGUAUCCGGGAAAUGUGCGCGCUGUUUACAGAAGAAUGUAGAGAACGCCCCACCUACUAUAUCUUUGUCAGUGUCACACAAAGUUACACAUCCGUAUUCUCCGGAUGAUAAAAUUAUUAUUAAAUAAUAAUUAAAUA